UGUUGGAUCUCUGAACCUGGGCAACCCCAGGUGAGAGGGAUGUAUGGUAGUGAUAACAUUCUUUUAAUAACAAGGAAGUUCAGGGGUCUCACCUAGUUAUUCCUCUUCUCUCCUCCUAAUUGUUUCUUUGGGGUAGCACUUUUCUGGUGCAGUAGGUUUCUGUAAUGGCUCAUAUCUUUUUUGGGGGGCUGAGAAUGUACAUGAGGUUGUAAUUUCUUUCUCUCUGGAAUUUAAAAUUUUCUACAUAUCUAUCUUGUUUCUCCAGCAGUUGAGGUAGACGGGAGCAGACUGAGGGAGGAAAAAAAUAAACUUUUCCGGGGAAAGUGGGUUACAGCAAAUUUUGUCUAGGGAUAGAAUCCAUACUUUUCCAUCACUUACCAAGUGUAUACAUGUAAUUGUUUUAAAUAUAUAUUUUCAAUGUGUUGCUAGCAUACAGUUGACGAAAGGUACAAAUGAAAUGAGAGAGUGCAGGUGAAUAUAAGAUAUAUUUUGUUUUUCAAGUUGGAGCACAGAAAAUUUUUAAGUAAGUGUCAUGUUUGCAGAGGUUUGCCACUCUUGCUUACUAUGUGUAUAAAAGUUUUGCUGAUUUGAAGAAAGCAAUUUGAACCUCAAACCAGAUACUAUAUUUAAUUCUAGAGAACUUAACCCCCCAUGUCUUCAUUAAUUAGUAGGCACAACCCCAGAAGAUCAUCAGAGAUCUCUGCUUUUAGACUCAGGAUUCCUGUGUUCUACUGUAGUUGUAAUUUGAUUCUGGUUCAGUGGUGAAUGUAUUCUGCAAAGUGCAUGAACCCCUAUAAACCUGAUCAUAGGAUCUCCACGUAGACUUUUGGGAACAAUUGCUUCAUAGGAUUGCUUGCUGCUAGUAUCUGCAGCCCAAAUAAGAAGCUAUGAUGAAGCUAAAUGCUUUAACAAUUUCAGUUUGUGCACAGUUACAAAGCAUCUUGACAUGUGAGGUCUCUAAGAAGAUUUUGCCCUGUGGGCUGAGAGCCUUGGAAACAAAGGCUCACAUUCUAACAAAUGAGCUUUGUGAGGGGAAAAAAAGAGGGCCAGUAACUAUGAAGUUUAAAGCAAAUUAAGUUUCUUGUACACUAACUUAAUGCGCUAACUAGCUUAAUGAAAACUUAGUGCACAGUUUUAAACAUUUAGGCCUGUAAUGCAUACACAUUGUUUGUCAAGUUGCGUACUUUCCUGUAAUACAUGCCCCUUAAAAAUACAGAGUGAAACAAUUAUACAGAAAAAAGAAUACAGAAGAAACAAAAGCAACUUCCCCAAAUUCAGUAUUAUAUUCAAUUACAAAAAUAUCAACAUCAGAUGUACCACCUACCUGGGCUGCCUUUUUUUUUUAUCCUUAACUUUUAUUUUCCCACUUACUGUAGUAGUCUGAUGGUAGAUGAUCUUAUGGAUGGUAUAAUAUGUGAUGGGACCAAGGAGGUACCAAAUAAUGUGUACACCUUGUGAUGAUCUUGCCAGUCUCAUUUUCUAAUGACUAAAAGUUGAAAUCUUGCUUUGAGUCACAUUCUGGUACUUCUUUAGAAGGAAAUCCAGUAAAUUUAGAAUCCAGAAGAGUAUCUCACAGCCCCUAUUGUCCAACUCCUCAACUCCCCCUUCCCCAUUUUACAAUUGAGGAAACUGAAGUCAAGGUAGGUUAAGUGAACUUGGACAUGGGCAUGCAGGAUGUUAGGGUCAGUUUCCUUUUUCCAGAACCAUACUUGCUCUCAGCUUGAGAGAGAGAGAUGCCCAUAUUUAACAGUCUGGGAAUCAGAUGCAUUUUAUCAUUUAUCAAAGUGGUGGUGUUGUUCUGUCAUUUCAAAUGUAUCCCAUUUUUCAUGACCUUAUUUUUUUUUUUGGUAAAGUAUAUUACAGUGGUUUGUCAUUUCCUUCUCAUUUCAUAGUUGAGGAAACUGAGGCAAACAUGGUUAAGCAACUUGCUCAGGGUCACAAAUAAGUGUCUGAGGCUAGAUUUGAACUCAGGUGUUCCUGACUCCAUGGCUCAUGCUUUAUCCACCUGGCUGCCCUUUUAUCAAAAUAAAUGGGGCUAAAUCAUAGUUACAGCCUUGUAGACUUUAGAAUUUGAAGGGAUCUUAGAGACUAUUGGAAGGCACAUGGGUAUGAUGGGAAGAGCAUUGGAUUUGGAACCAGGGACUUAGUUAAAAUCCCACCUCUGAUGUUCAUUACCUGUGUGUUUUCUUGGAUAAAUUAUAAUCUCUCUGGGCUUCCUUUUCUUCAUUUAUCCAAUAAAGAGGUUGGCCUAGAUGGUUUCUCAAGUUCUUUCCACAUCUAGGUCUACCCUUCCUCUUCAUAUUAUAUAUGAAGGAACUGAGGCUCAGAGGGGUAAAGAAUCUUGCCCAAGGUUAUAAAGUUAGUGAUUACUCUGACCAAAAUGAAUUUUAUUCCUAUCCUGACCUCUCAUGGCCAAAAUGCCUUCUCUUUUGCUUUUUAAAUUCUUUUUUUAAAAAUCCUUUCCUUCUAUUUUAGUAUCAAUCCAGGGUUAGGUGACUUGCCCAGGGUCUCACAGCUUAUGUACACAAUCUAGGAAAAGCCACCAUAUUUGAACCUAGGUCCUCCUGACUCCAGGUCUGGCACUCUAUCCACUGUGCCACCAAGCUGUCUUGCUUAUUAAAUUCUUUUAAAACUCCACUCAAAUGCAUUUUCUUCCUGGAAGCCUUCCCUGAUACUCAGUAUAUUUGUGUCAAUUUCAACCUCUCCCUUCAGAUCUACUGCCCCUUUGUUCUAUAAUUCUUUAAUACACUCACCUGGCUGAAUUUUGUAUUCUAGCCCUCUCUGCAUUUGUGUAUCAUCCUGCUUCUUGUUGUAGAUGCAACCUUUUCACUAUUAGUUAUAUUCAACUAUUUUCCAUGAAUGGUUUCUUUAGAUUGAUCUCAGUUUUUGCCACUGUGAUAACAAAAUCAACAGUUAUUCACUGUAGCUGAACAAAACAGUAGUAUAUGCUGUAUUUGAAUAAUGCAUCACUAAAUGCCUUAAUUCCAUGAAUUAUUUGGGUAUUCACAUUUUGAUAAAAGUUCAAACACCACUAAAAUUUUUUUAAAUUAAGUUUUUUUUCAACUAAGGAAAAUACAACUUCUCUCCCACUUCAUUGAGAAAUAAAAAAACAAAAUUCCUUUGCAAACAUCUCUAGCCAAGUAAACCUGUAUUGGCCAUGUCAAAACAACAACAAAAAUAGUCUCAAUCUGCUCUCUGAAUCCUCCACGUUUGUUAGAAGGCAGGUAGCAUGUUUUAUGGUGAGUCCUUUGAUCAUUGUGUUGGUAAGAGUUCCUAAAUCUUUAAAAGUUGUAUGUCUUUCUAUGUAUUAUUGUCCUUGAUGAAAUUGCUCUAAUUCUGCUCACUUUACUUUAACCAUCUGUAAUUCUUUGACACCUCAAAAAGAACUGCUAUAUUUUGAUAACCCAUUUCAAGCUAUUGUUUAUGUACACACUUGGAAUUUUAACAUAGUCCCGAAAUGCUGGAAUCAAGGAGCUUUUGAGUUAUUUCAACAUGGGAGUGACUAAAAUAUUGACAGAUCUUCUAUUAUUGGACUCUACUAACUUAAUUUUAUUCAGUUAAAAUAAAGUGUUCAUGGAAAAGCUGAAAAAUGCCAUGGAUUAAAAUGAGGUGGAAGUUUUUAGAUUCAGAGUAAUUGCUUCAUUAGCAUUUGAAAUUUAGGUAGUGAAUUAGAAAGGUCAACAUAACCUAAGCAUUGAGGUGCUAUUAAUACAAGAUAGGAACACUGGAUAUAAGGAUAUCCUCAUACCUCAAGAUCUGAAUAACCAUUAUGAGCUUUGACCUACACCAACUAAGCAGACAAUAACUAACUUAUUGACUUUAGGGAGAGUUAUUCUCACAAGGGGAAUACAGAUUAGGCCCCACAGUUAAAUCAAUGUAUUACUUAAGAGAAAUAUACCAUCUGAAUCUAUGAACAACAAAGGUAUUUUUUCCAAACAAACUUCUGAAAAUAAUAGCAUCUUAGAAACCAGGUAGAAGAUGUUUGAGGAGUUUUAGUUGUCUAAACACUGAAGAGUAAAUAAUAAGUAAAAACAUAUAAUUUUAUGUAUUUUUCUUUUUUUUAAGCCCUUAUCUUCCAUCUUUGAAUUGAUGUUGUGCAUUGGUUCCAAGGCAAAGAGUGGUAAGGGGUAGGCAAUGGGGGUCAAGUGACUUGCCCAGGGUCACACAGCUGGGAAGUAUCUGAGGUCACAUUUGAACCCAUCUCUGGGCCUGGCUCUCAAUCCACUGAGCCACCCAGCUGCCCCUAUAAUUUUAUAUUUAAUGACAAAAAGUUCCAUUUUCUAAAGUCAUAAACAAAAGAACCAAUUUUUAGAACUCUAAACGAUAUUCCUAACAAGUCAUGGAAAACAAUUUUACGGUGUAUCUUAUAAACAUUCAUUUAUCCUCAUGGCAUUCUUGGGAAGUAGCCAAAUACUCUCUUUCUCUCUUUCCCAUUUAUCCCCCUUUUGUGAUUCCAUCAGUGCAGGGACCUCCCAAAUGAGGAAAUUCAUUGUGCUUAUGCAGAUCUAAUAAAACUUAUGUUCUUAGAAAAUUGUUGAGAAGACUAAGAGGUUAAAUGUAUUUUAGACAUGAGAUUCAAACCCAAGCUUCUUUGACUCUUAAGAAAUGUAAUAUAAUCACUGAUGGACUGGAUGAGACUUGGAGUCUGGAAGACCUGAGUUGAAGUCGUGUAUCUGAAAGAUGCUAGCUGGAGGAGGACGUUGGGCUAGGCUAUUCUUUAGGGCAGAGGUCCCCAAACUUUUUACACAGGGGGCCAGUUUACUGUGCUUCUGUGAUGACAGGCAAUUGGGAUCUGAUAUCAAUAACUCUGGCGUAAUGUCAGUUUCCUGCCAGAGUCAAACGGUAGUUACCUUCCUUUAGAAAGCCUUUAAAAAAAGUCUUGGUGGUUAUGGACUUCAAAAGGAAUGGCUACUAGGAUAGACUAAAAAAGAAUAGGACCACAUUAAGCAAAUGUCUUCAUACACAUCAAAUCAGUCUAUUAUUCAGGGAGCCUCUUCUGUUUCAUUUCUAUAGAUGGUUCUGGUGAUUUGAUUCUGCCCUUUGUUUUAGAGUCUACUUUCGUAGACCCUUAAAAAUUACAAGAGGAGAGCUGGCUACAUAUCACUGGAAAUGAUCAGUUUACCUACUUACUCCACUGGGGGGGGGGGUGGGUGAUGAUUCACACUGGCCCAGUAGAAUAGAAUCCUGGGUUCAUUUAUUUUAUUGCCAAUGCAAUUUUGAGUUGGGACAGGACAGGAUGGUGGGAAAUACUUAUCUAGGGAGAUUAGUAAGUUGUUUUGGUGAUGUUUACAAGGUUGAUAUAGGGGACACGCUACAUGGAACUUCCUAUCUCUAUAGGGAGGGUCACAUAGCAUCAUAGCUCACGAACUGGAAGGGACAUCAGAAACCAUCCAGUUUAACCUAAUUUUGUAGAUGUGGAAAGAGUGGCCCAGAUGGGGCUAAGUGACUUCCCCAAGGUCAUGCAGGUCUUCUGAGGAAAGAGAUAGUGCUCUUUCCAUAUUCCAUUCUUAACAAAUGAGCUAGGUGACUUGGGAGAUAGAGAUCCAGGCCUAGAGACAGGAGGGCUUGUCUUCAAAUAUGACCUUAGAUACUUCCCAGCUGUGUGACCCUGGGCAAGUCACUUAAUCCCCAUUGUCUAGCCCUUCCUGCUCUUCUACCUAGGAACCAAUACACAGUAUUCAUUCCAAGUUGGAAGUUAAGAGUUAAAAACACACACCCAAUUAAAAUCAAGCAAAUAAAAUGUUGAUUUAGAGGUGUUCCCCCCCUCAUUAUUCUUAAUGCAGUUCCCUAAUUUGGAGUAAUUAAGUAGUUAAAACUGUGGGCUGCCACAGUUAACUUUCUGCUAUUGCAGUCUCCAGCUUAUGGAUGACCUAUACACAGUAACAGCUGCUGCUAUAUUCUCCCCCAACACCCCCCCCCCCCAACUUCCUUUUCCCCCUUCUGACCAAGGCAGCUGUUGCUGCCUGAGGGAGCUGAUGUCCUUGAAAGCCUUGACUCUCCCCUUCUGGGAGCCACAGAUUCCUGCCCUCAUGCCCAGAAUUCCCUCUCCCUGCCUCCAAUUCUCUCUCACUCUAGCUCUACUCCUUCCUCUGGACUUGGACUUCCACUAGAGUUGGGUGGGAGGAAGAGGGAGUCUUAACUAGAGGUGUGAGCACAGAAGGUGGCUGCUGGGAUUGUGAUAGGGAGAUGAGUUCUUAGCAUCUCUACAAGGAAUUUUCAAUACAUUUUCCAAAUGAAACAUUUUCUUUUAAGGUGGUAAGUUCUACAGUGAUCCAUGGGGUCAUUUCCUCCAUUCCAUCUGUCCUGGGUUCAAAUCUGCCCUCAGACUUCCUAGCCAUAUGAUCCUGUACAAGUCACUUGACCCCCAUUGCCUAGCUCUUUUGGUUCUUCUGCCUUGGAACCAAUACACAGUAUUGAUUAUAAGAGAGAAGGUAAGGUUUUUGUUUUUGUUUUUAAAGUAACUCAAAGUAUGGGUGCCUGGGGAGCAUAAUAGAUAGUCAGGAAGUCCUGGGUUCAAAUUUAGCCUCAGACACUUCCUAGUUGUGUAACCCUGGAAAAGUCACUUUACCCACAUUGUCUAACCCUUACCAACUCUUCUACCUUAGAACCAACAUAUAGUAUUGAUUCUAAGACACAAGGUAAGUGUUUAAAAAAGUCAUUAGUUCAAAUCUUGCUUCAGAUAUUUCAUUUAUUAACUGAAGGGUCUUACAUAAUCCACUCAGCUUUUCUGUGCCUCGGUGUUCUUACCUGUAAAAUAAGAAUAAUGAUUACUUUAUGACUUUUCUUAUAGGGUUGCUAUGUAACAAUGCUUUGUAGAUCUUAAAUUGGGUAGCUAGGAAGUAUGGUGGCUAGAAUGCCAGGCCUGGAGUCAGGAAGAUUCAUCUUUUUGAGUUCAAAUCUGGCCUGAGAUACUUACUAGCUGUGUGACCCUGGGCAAGUCACAUAGCUGUUUGCUUCAGUUUCUUCGUCUGGAAAAUGAGCUGGAGAAGGAAAUGGCAAAAUACUCUAGUAUUCUUGCCAAGAAAACUCUCAAAUGGGGUCCUAACGAGUCAGACAUGACUGAAACCACCAAACAACAACAAAUCUUAAAUAUAUAAAUAUAGGCUGCUUUUCUUUAUUUUGAUUUUCACAAAAGCAUAUGUGUGUGUGUGUGUGUGUGUGUGUGUGUGUGUGUGUGUGUGUGUGUGUGAGUGAGCUGAUAUCAGAGACAGGCCUUCCAGAAAUAUAUUAACUUAAAUAUUUAGCAUUUACAUAGCACUUUAAGGUUUGUAAACUGCCUUCUAAUUAUUAUCAUGUUUGGUUCUCACAUGAACCUUGAAAGGUAUUACAUAUUACAGUUAAAGAAACUGAGGCAUACAGAAGACAAAAGUUAAAAAAUGUCCUCAGGAAUGCAGAGCAUCUGAGGUGGGAUUUGAACUCAGGUAUUCCUGACUCUAGACCUAGUAUUCCAGCCACUGUUCCCAUCUAACUAACGUGUAUAGAAAUAUAAAGCCAGUUGGAAUUAAAAUUUUCUAUGGUAAACUGCAAAGUGGAUAAAUUAUACCCUUAUGAGUAUUGACAGUAUAUUUUAUAUAGGCUUCUAAGGGGGAGGGAAGUCCUUUUGAAAUGUGUUUUGAAAUUCUAAGGCAGUUAUAGAAAUUUUCUAUUUAGUAACAUGAUUUUUUUUUUAAACCUUUACCUUCCAUCUUAGAAUCAAUACUGUGUUGGGUCUAAGGCAGAGGAGCAGUAAGGACUAGGUGAUGGGGGUCAAGUGACUUGUCCAAGCUCACACAGCUGGGAAAAGUGUCUGAGGCCAGAUUUGAACCCAGGACCUCCCAACUCAAGGCCUGGCUCUUUAUCCACUGUGCUACCCAGCUGCCCCCAACAUGUCAUCUUUAAAUCACAGUAUGUUUUUGUUUCAGUAGAUGAUGAUGUAGGGAAAUCUAUUUUUUCUAUGUUAUUUUUGACCAUUGAUUUAAGAUAAUAGAUUUGUGUUCUUCCAUUUUUCACAGAAUCUGUCUGGUGGUCUAUUCUUUACCUAAAUGGGAAUCCUCUUCACAACAUUUCCCCAAAAGUUGUCCUCUCACCUUUGCCCUCAAAUUAUGGAGAAUUCAGUGCCUUGGUUAGGAAGUUUUUCUUCAUAUCAAGUUCAAAUUUUUCUUGUAUAUAUUGUGUGGUAUCUUCUUGAGGAUUAUUUUAUUUAAAAUAUUUUUUAUUGAUAACCUUUUGUCAUUUUGUCACUCCCACUUUUGGGAAAGGAAAAAAAAAUUGCCCUCCCUAGAUUUGUUGUUGUUUAGUCGUUUUAGUCAUGUCUGAUUUUUCAUUGAUUUUUGAAUGAGAUUUUCUUGGCAAAAGCAAUGGAAUGGUUUGCCUUUUCCUUUUCCAGCUUGUUUUACAGAUGAGGAAACUGAGGCAAAAAGGGUUACAUGAUUUGCCCAGGGUCACACAUCUAGUAAGUGUCUGAGGUCAGAUUUUAACUCAGGAAGAUUCAUCUUCCUGACUCCAAGCCUGGUGCUCUGUCCAGUGUGCUACGUAGCUGCCCAGAUUAACCCUCCCUCCCUUAUUACAAAUAAAAACAAUUAGACAAAAAUAGCCCAGAUAAGACUAUCUCUAACAAUGCAUAUAAAAUUCUACCCUAGCAGUCCCUCAUUUCUCUGUGAAGUGGAAGCUAUUUAUCAUCAUCAUCUUCUAGGGACCAUUAUUGUUAUUUUGUUUUGGUUUGUUUACCUUACCUUCUGUUUUAGAAUCAAUACUGUAUAUUGGUUCUAAGGCAAAAGAGUGGUGAGGGCUAGGCAAUGGGGGUUAAGUGACUUGCCCAGGGUCACACAACUAGGAAAUAUCUGGGGCCAUCGAUUUUUUAUUAACAGAGUUCAUCAUUUUUCCCCCAUCAUUUUCUUUAACAUUUUCCAAUUUGAUGGGGUGAAGAGUUCAGAGGGAUUAUCAUCUCCAUCAUUCUUUAAUUUAUUAUUAUAAUCUAAGUUUGAAAAAAAAUGGUUGCCAUGUCACACUCUUGAGCUCGAAUACCCCCUGAUUCUUUUUCAUAUAAGCUGUUAUCCGACCACAUCUGUUUCAUCCUGUUUUAUCAUAAUUUUUUGAAGUCACAUAUAGGACUUUAUAUUUGCUCUUAUUCAAUUAUCUCUUAUUUUAUUUAGUCAAUAUUACUAGGCUGUCACAAUCUUUUUAGACUCUGACUCAGCUAUUACUCCCAGCUUUGUUUAAUCUGCAGGUCUGAAAAAUAGAUACUUUCAUCUAAGUUACUGAUAAAAAAAUAAUAGAAAGCCAAGGAUGGAAAUCGGCAUUCUCUGCAAAAGAUCUCCUUUUAGGUUGACAUUCAUCCAUUAAUAACCAUUCUUUGGGUUUUGUUGGUCAACUGAUUCCUAAUCUACCUAGCUCACAUUUCUCCAUUUUGUCCACAAGGAUAGCAUGAGAGACUUUGUCAAACAUUUUGCUGAAAUCCAAGGAGACUGUAUCCAUGGAAUUCUUCUGAUCUCUGAGUUUAGUAACUGCCAAAAAAGAAAAUGAAUUUACUUUGCAGUGUUCUGCUCUUGAUGGAGUUCUGAUGGGUCUUUCUUUCUUACAUGCUCACAAAACAUCUUUUUAGUAACAUGUUGCAGACUUUUUGAAAAGAAUCAAAGGUAGGGUCCCCAGCCUCUUGUUUUUAGACUCUACUCUUUUUCCUUUUUUGGAAGAUCAAGACACUUGCUUGUUCCUGGCCUGCGGUACCUGACCAAUUAUUAUCCACAUUUUCUCAAGGAUCAAAGACAGUGUAUCAGCAACUUAGCUGCUAGCUUUUUCGCUUCCCUAGGAUGUAAUUCAUCCAGGCCUGGUAACUUGAACUCAUCGAGGGCAGCAAAGAUACUUUCUUAUCAUUUCCUCAUUUAUUUUUGGUGCCAGCUCCCUCUUAUCUCUUUUUUGUUCUGUCCUUCCUAGUAUGAAGAUAAUUCUCCCUGGUAGAGAAAACAGAAGCAAAUUUAGACUUGAAAAGUUGUGCCUUUUCUCUAUUGCCCAUUAUCAUUGUCCCAUUUAACUGGAGUAUAGGUCUGAUUCCUUCUUUGAUCUCCCUUUUGAGCCCCCAAAUGGGACUCUUCAGGCCCAUUUAAUGCUGUAGCAAGAUUUGUUCCCAACUUGUGAAGGUGAAACGUGUUGCAAGCUUCCUUGGAUGCUUUUAACUUGUUGAAUAUUUUAAAAAAAGGGGGGGAAAGGCCUUUUUUAUUGUCCCUUAGCAUUCAUUAUCAGCUCAAUUUCAUCCUGAAUUUUAGGAUUCCUGAGACAUCUCUCUGGACCAUGAUGGACCUUUGUCCAUUCUUCAAUGACAUUACCUUGUCCUUGCUUCUGUCUCCUCUAUAUUGUUUAAAAAUUUAGGCUGGUUAAUUAGUUCCCAGAGUGUGUAUGCAAAUGCCUUAAAACUUAUAUGGCUUAUGAGAACUCUUGAAACUCUUAAAAGCCUUCCCCUCUUUUCUUUCUUUUUGGGAUCUUUUAUAUUUGUGCCUUUGGAAUUUUAUGAAGCUUUCCUUGUCUCUUCAGGUCCAUUUAAUGCUGUAGCAAGAUUCGCUCCCAAUCUGUGAAGGUGAAAAGUGUUGUAAGCUUUCUUGGAUGCUUUUAACUUGUUGAAUAUUUAACUUUUCUGGAAAAAAACCCCACAAGCAGUUUGUCAUUAGUGAAUGGUAAUUGUGAAUUGCUAAACUUGUUGGAUUUGGCAAGUAAAAAGCAUAUGUGAAUGAAAAACCUCACCACACAUGGUCCCAACUUCUUUGUGCAGUGGCAAUGGGCUUGAACAGUGACUGGAAUGUAACCAAGGGGCAGAACAACUACUUCCAUUGUGAUUCAUUGGCCAACUGUUCAGAAUGAUAAUAUUCACUAGGUGGAUGCUAGUUUGAAGUUUUAGCAAAAAAUGUUGCUACUUUUUCCUGAGUUUUGAGCUUUUAUUUUGUUGAAAUGAUACUGUGACUUUCUAACAAAAUUCUUUUUAAUUGAAAUACUGGAUUUUGUCCCCAAAAAGUACAGCAUAAAACCAUUUCUGUUUAGCUCCACCUCAUCCUAUUCUCACUGCUCCCCUCUCCAAGAGAAAGUGUGGAACAAUGAAGAUGAAUGGAUAUAGAGUCAAAGGGCUUGGAUUCAAAAUUGAUCACACACAUUCCCUUUGUAACUCUGGUCAAGUCAUAACCCUUCUGUACCUUCAUUUCCCUAUCUGUAAAAUGAAAAGAUUGGAACAGAAGACCCCCAAGAAACUAUCCAGGUCUAAUUCUCAUAGAUUUAUGAUUUAUAUAUCCUAUAUUUAUAAUAUCCUAUUUAUAUUAUUUUAAAUAAAAUAAUUAUACUUAUAAUAUCCUAUGAUGUUUUUGGUUGAAGACCUUUAUCAUAAAGAUCUUUGAGAAGAAUGAAGCCAUUUCUAUUUGCAUAUUUCUAAUUGACUGAAAAGGAAAGACAUCCAAUAAACAAGGCCAUUUGGGGAGAAUUAUUUUGUGAAAUAGCCAGGGGGUUUUCUUGGCAGAUACUGGAGUCCAUUUCCUCCUUUGGAUUGAAGAGAAAAGGAAGAGAGGAUGGAAGAGGCUGGUAUAGAUAGUGUCAUGGAAACAGUGAACAUGAACUUGGAUAGACUUCAGGAGAUAGUGGAGGAUAAAAGGACCUGGUUUGCCAUGGUUCCUGGAGUCAUGAAGAAACAAUUGAACAACUGGACAACAACAACAGAGCCAAGGUGAUCCUCUCUGGAAUCAUAGGACUUACAACGUGGAAAAGACCGAUGAUACUUCUGGUGAACCUUUUUGUCUUACUGUCUGUGGUCUGUGUCCUGUUGAAUCUUGCCGGAUUUAUCCUAGGCUGCCAGGGGGCCCAGUUUGUGUCCAGUGUACCCAGGUGUGAUCUGGUGGACCUAGGAGAAGGCAAGAUUUGCUUCUGCUGUGAAGAAUUUCAGCCUACCAAAUGUACAGACAAAGAAAACGUGUUGAAGCUCUUCCCAGUCCAGCCAUGCAGUGCUGUUCACCUUCUAUUAAAGAAAGUCCUCUUUGCCCUGUGUGCCCUGAAUGCCCUGACCACGACUGUUUGCUUGGUGGCAGCUGCCCUGCGUUACCUACAGAUAUUUGCCACCCGAAGACCCUGCAUAGACGAAUCCCAGAUUUCUACAGAGGAAAUAGAAGGACAUGGACGCAUUCCGGACCCGGAAGAUUUUGUGCCACCUGUGCCACCUCCCUCCUAUUUUGCUACAUUUUAUUCCUGUACACCCAGGAUGAAUCGCAGGAUGGUAGGCUCUGAUGUUAUCCCACUUCCGCACAUCUAUGGAGCUCGGAUUAAAGGCGUUGAAGUCUUCUGUCCUCUGGAUCCACCCCCACCUUAUGAAGCUGUGAUGAGCCAAAUCAAUCAGGAACAGGGGACUUCCUUCCAAAUUCCAGAGGAAUCCGAAGCUGGGGCAGGCCCAUUGGACCCAGUCAGUGCCCAGGUGUCUCAAGGUGGAGACAUUCCUAACACUCCUGGGGAAGAGAGCCCAUCCCUGUCAACUCCUGAUUCAAACCUCGCACAUCUUCCAUCAAACAGGAGAACCUUGCAACCUUUGAGAGCAAGAUCAAAAAGUGACCCUGUGCUCCAUCACUUGACAGCGAGAGGACCUGUGCUUAGUUGUGAAGCUGCAACUCAGACUGAAGUGAGACCUGCACUGGCUCCAGUAACCUUGAGAAAGGGCCUUCGAGCAAGAGCUGUCCGGGCUAGACCUCGAUCUUUGGUAGAUUAUAAAUCUUACAUAGACACUAAGCUUCUGGUGGCCAAGUUCCUGGAACAGUCAUCUUGUAGUAUGACCCCAGACAUACAUGAACUGGUAGAGAACAUCAAGUCUGUCCUUAAGUCUGAUGAAGAACACAUGGAGGAAGCCAUCACAAGUGCCAGUUUCCUUGAACAGAUAAUGACUCCUGAUCAGCCAAGUACAUCCAGGGCACAGCCGUUGCCCUAUAGAAGACACCCUGGGCUCCUUCAUCUGGAGAGCUGUGGAGAUCUGAGCACUUUUGCUUCAGCAGAAAGUCGGAGAGUGGAGAGAAGGGUCCCCAGAACAGACCCAGAAAGGCCACACAGCCUUAUUGGAGUUGUCAGAGAAACUGUGCUCUGAACGAGCCCUAGUGGGUCCCUGGUGGUCAGAGCUCCUCUGCAAAGCCGAUGAGCCAUGAAAGAAAACCAUCACUGGAAAGCCCUGCCUCGUUGGUUGUGCGCUGGCUUGUGUCUCUGUGUAUGCUGGUUUCAUUGUUUAAGGCUGAGCUAGGAGAAAGGCUUUUGUUCAAGUAGUCUUUACUGUGCCGUGUUACGCCUGAGGGCUUUGGGGUUCUCGACCACUGGGAUUGUUUAUCUCUCCUCCACUGGCUUCAGCUCCAAGGACAUUCAGGGGGCAACAAGUCUAUCAUUCCAGACCCAGAGACUCUUUGGACGCACCCUUCUCAUUUGUGAGCUCAGUUCAGCUCCCCUUCCCUGGGCAUCCCAUCCCAUAGGCUGUUGGAGCGUUUGGUGUGGAAGGGGAUGUGGGGGCGGUGAUGCCUCAGCCGCCCCUAUGUCUGUCCUGUGGAAGGACAUAAUCUGUUUGGAGGCUAUUUAUAGCUGCCUGUGGCCUCUUACUGCUCAGGGAGAAUGUGAGCUGGCAUAUAAGCAGGAUGAUCAAAUGGCCCUGCUGUUAUUGAAAUGUUAACGUCUAAGCUUAGGACAACUCUCAAAGCACUUUCUUUAGGAAAACAGGAAGCAUUUGCAAAAACCUGAGUAUUUUGGAGGAGCGAUCAUGGGUUCCAUUUAUUCAAGCUUGCAAGACUAGAGGCAGUAACCCCAGAAACGAGAAUAAAAACAUUCACUUUUUACCUCUGGUAUGGGUGUGUUGGAUCUGUUCUUUUGCUCUGUGGGGAUUCAAAAAUGAUUUCCUAGUCUUAAGAAGGUGGAGAAAUUAAAAAGUCGAAGUCUUCCGAGA